AUGUCUGAAAAGGCUUAUGAUAGGAUGAGUACGGGGUCGACGAGGACUUCUGAAAGAUCAAGAUGGCCACCAUUGACAAGAGUGUUGAUGUCUGGUGAGAUGACGGCGGAGAUGCCGAGGGAAUUGACGAUGAGGGAGAGAUUCGAUAGAUGGAUGGUCAAUGAAGGAUACCGACGAUUUUUCGUCUUCGUCUUCGCUCUACUCCAUCUAAUGGUUUUCAUAUUCGGUUUUAUGAACUACCAGCUCAAGGAUAGUUUCGGUCUUGCACGAAGUACAUUCACUGUCACCUAUGCGAUUGCCAGAGCCGCUGCUUUGACAUUACAUUUCGAUGUUGCUAUGAUCUUGUUCCCAGUUUGUCGUACUUUGAUUUCUUUGGCACGUCAAACUCCUCUGAACGGCAUUGUACAAUUCGAUAAGAACAUCACUUUCCAUAUGACUACGGCUUGGUCUAUCGUUUUCUUCUCCUGGGUACACAUUAUUGCGCAUUGGAAUAACUUCGCCCAAAUCUCGGCAAAGAACAAUCUUGGUUUUGCUGGUUUCCUCCUCGCGAACUUUGUCAGUGGUCCUGGAUGGACUGGAUACGUUAUGUUGAUCUCACUUAUGGCGAUGGCUAUUACUUCGUAUGAAAAGUAUCGCCGAUCAAACUUCGAACGUUUCUGGUACACUCAUCACUUCUUCGUCGUUUUCUUCGUUUUCUGGUCCGUCCACGGUGCUUUCUGUAUGAUUCAACCAGACACCGCACCCUUCUGUGUUAGUGUUGGUACAUCUGCUAUUGGUGUCUUCUGGCAGUACUGGAUGUAUGGUGGAUAUAUUUACCUGGCUGAACGUAUUGCACGUGAAAUUCGUGGAAAGCACAAGACCUAUGUUUCCAAAGUGGUUCAACAUCCUUCCAACGUCUGCGAAAUUCAAAUCAAGAAAGAGAAUACAAAGACGAGAGCAGGGCAAUAUAUCUUCUUCUGUUGUCCCGAGGUCUCGAUCUAUCAAUAUCAUCCUUUCACGCUCACAUCGGCUCCUGAAGAGGAUUACAUCUCCAUUCAUAUUAGAAUGGUAGGAGAUUUCACGCGAGCUGUUGGAAUAGCCCUUGGAUGCGAAUUUGAUAAGCCAAAGGAUGCAAAGGGAGGAUCUCAGGUCGUCGGUGUAAAUCAAGGUGGACCAGGAUCUGAUGGAGUUGAUCCUGCUAUUCGUCGUAUCUUACCCCGUGUCUACGUCGAUGGUCCAUUCGGUUCCGCCUCUGAGGAUGUCUUCAAAUUCGAAGUCGCCAUGCUUUGUGGUGCAGGUAUCGGUGUCACUCCUUUUGCGUCCAUUCUCAAAUCCAUCUGGUACCGCAUGAACUAUCCUCAAAAGAAGACUCGUCUCGGCAAGGUAUACUUCUUUUGGAUCUGUCGUGAUUUCGGAUCCUUCGAAUGGUUCCGUUCUCUCUUACUUGCGAUCGAAGCUCAAGAUAUGGAUAACCGUAUCGAAAUCCAUACAUACUUGACAGCGAAGAUCAAGGUAGACGAUGCGACAAAUAUCAUGAUUAACGAUGCAAAUGCAGAUCGUGAUGCGAUUACGGGAUUGAGAGCUCCAACCAACUUUGGAAGACCUAAUUGGGAUAUGAUCUUUAAGAGUGUGAGGAAGAUUCAUAGUCCGAGUGAGGCGGGUGUGUUCUUUUGUGGACCGAAGGUACUGGGUAGUCAAUUGCAUAUUAAGUGUAAUAUGUACAGUGAGCCUGGAUUCAAUUUCUGCUGGGGCAAAGAAAAUUUCUAA